AUGGCAGCUACAUUUCAUACCAUGCAGCUGAAUGGAGGUCAUAAGCCAAAUUAUGAGUACAAGCAGUUGGCCCCACUCACCGUCGCUGCCUUACUUCUCGGACUGUGGAGUGACUCCUCACCCAGAUGUGAAGAGAUUAGGUGUCCUGAGCCAAAGCUAGCUGACCACGCCAUCCUGUCAGUGACCAACAAUGACCGAAUGUAUGGCAGGACUCUCAUCCGAACUGCAGACUCAGCUGUGUCUGUGGCCACCUACAAGAUCGGGGCGCUAGUCAAGUACCGUUGUGAGCGAGGGUAUAAGAUUGUCGGAGAUCCAUUGAGUACUUGUGAGGAGAAUGGACACUGGAGUGGCACCAUACCAGAGUGUGUCUUUGUGGACUGUGGGAUGCCUACACCACCCCCUCAUGGCCGUUUCUCCCUUGCAUCCAAUGUUACGUACUACGGUUCAGCAGUCUUGUAUGAGUGUGAGGACAACUACCACCUUGAUGGGUUCGCCCGGAGGAUCUGUCUGGAGAACGGAACUUGGAGCUCAGAGACUCCAACCUGCAAGGAGAUACAGUGUAGUGAACCUGAGAUUGAAGGCAUAGUGUCAGUGCAAACAUCCACCCAUAGUAUUGGAGGGGUGGCCCACUACAGUUGUCCCAGGGGUACCAACAUGCAGGGUAACUCUACCCGCAUAUGUCUUAGAAAGGGAAUCUGGAGCGGACGCAUUCCUAUCUGUAAAUAUGUGGACUGCGGUGAGCCAGGCAUGAUAGAGAAUGGUCGGGUGAUUGUGGUGAACCAGUCGACACUCUAUGGCAGCGCAGCCGAGUACCACUGUGUGCCACAGUACCAGAGGAUUGGGCCGUACCUACGCAAGUGUAUGGAGGAUGGCGUGUGGUCAGGGGAGGAGCCUAGAUGUGAAAUGGCCUCUAAUGCUGCAAGUGAAUCUCAGAACCUUGGAUUAGCAAUUGGAAUCGGAGCUGGAAUUGUUGUCUUCCUACUUGUUAUUUUAGGACUCAUUUACAUCAGAUUGCGUAGGGAAACUCCAGUGAAGAACACAGAAAAUGUGGAAGGAGCUGUCAGAAAGGAAGAGCAGAGCGCAGCUGUGAUGUCAUAUGCAACACUGAGCAAUGGCUCAGGACACCACAACAUCUACGACAAUAUUCGUGAACCCGAAGAGAUGUACGAUUCACCGUACGAGCACACGAGUCACUAUGAACCAUCACCUGUGUCGAGGCGGAGCAACAAGGCGACUGUGACUAUCAACGGUGUAGCUGUGCAUUGAGCGACAAGUAUAGAACUUUAAUAGAUCAGCGUCAUGCAGCCUCAGCCCGGAGAGUGGUCCUGCUGUGGUUUACUUGUUAGUGAGAUUCGUCUUCGAUAGCUUCUAGAAUUACUAUUUUGUAUUAUUGAGUUUUAACUCCUAGGAGAACUAUCAGAAUGUUUGAUUAUAGUUUAUGUCAACUUGUAAGUUUAAAGAAAUAUUACUUGAAACAUAUUUAAAGUCCUAUAAAAUCCAAAGAUAACACAAAUAUUUUAAAUUCAAAUCUGAUCUCAAGUAAGAUAAUACAUUAGCUGACCUCACUACUUAUAAUUAUUAGUAAAAAUAAGUAAACAAUAAAUCAUUGUAGUAAAGAAAAAAUUUAGCUCGUAUUUGUUUUAAUUUGUGAGUAGAAUUGUUUUUUUUUUAAUAGAAACCUUUUUCUUAUUGAAAUAAAAAAACAUGAAUGUGGAUAAUAGAUUAAAUAUAUCAAGACUUGAUAUUUUAUACAGAGUUUUAAGUGCCUUGUGUGAACUGUCAAACAAAAGUUUUGUAUUAAGCAAAACAUGCUGUUAUUUAUUUUAUAUGAUACCUGACUUACUCAUUUAUUGUUGUUAUAAUAAUAUUACUGUAUAAAAAGUUUCAAUUUCUUGUUAAAUCUGAAAUAUGAAAAACUGAAGUAACAUCAUUUAUAUAUUUUAUAUUAAACAAAAUAGGGGAAAAAUUACAUGGAACUAUAUUAUUUAAAAACUUAGUUAUAGAAUGUUGUGAAUCAUUUACUUUUAAUUUUAUUUGUAUUUUUUUAAAACGUGCAUGUGUUUCUCAGUACAUAUACUUUUUUUAGAACGUCUCAAAUCAGCUGAUGUUAAAUAACACUAAAUCAAAGUUAAUACACACACUAAACAGUUCAGUAAUAAAAACAAUACUUCUCAUUUAAAAUUUUAUAAAUAAAUACUUAAAUUAUAUAUUAAUACAGAAGAAUAGUCUCUGCUCAUAUAUUGUGGUUUGCUGUCUGAUAAUGUAUUGUAGACCAUGCAGCACAUAAGCACCUUCAGACGAUUUUCGAACGCAAUAAAUUUAUCAACAUCCUUAUAAGGAACAUUGACAAAUCGGUUCAGAUAAAAUAAAAUGAAUAUCAGAAUUUUAAAAUCUCUGGAUGUGAUAUACAUCACCCAAUAAGACACUGUUAGUGUAACCUGGAUAGGACUAUUAAUAUGAUAUUUGAAAGAUUUGGUAUUUUUUUAGAGUAGUAGAUAUUUACAAAUUAGGACCUUUUAAUCAAUCCAGAAUUUGAUAGCCAAAUAUAUUGUGGAAUUUACUAAAUUUGUUACUUGUCAUAGGCAAGCUUCUGUUGAUCUAUCAGUUUUGAACACAUUUCUAUAGAAAAUCAUAACACCAAAAAUUAAAUGACCUGCACAGAGUUUUGUUGUUUUUUUGUGUUACAAAUACUGUAAGUCAUUAAGGCAACAUCAUGCCUAUCACCCUUCUCCCUUUACCUCUCUGCCCUUGCUCCAAUCUCCUUUGCUCACCACAGCCUAUUGUACCCUAGUAUACUAAAAUAAUAACUUACUAGUCAGGUUAACCUGGUUGUGACUCCAUAAGAAAUAUUUUUAUAUAUGCAUUGAAACUGACAUUAAACACAGAUUUUAUGAGAUAACAAUAUAUACACAAACUAGUUUUCAUGGACUGAAGUAGCCUGUAAUACCUCAGACAGUACACUACAAAAUACAGUGCUUGUACCGUUAGUAUGUUUACUGGAUAUUCAUGUACUUGUAAAAAUUUAUGUAAUUAGUGUAAAUUGUAGAAUUGUCUGUGUGAAUGAUUAUAAAUAUCGCCUGUAAGAAAUAUUGUAAUUAUGUGUACAUAUUUGUUAGAGGGAAGUAAAUUAAAUAUCUGAAAACAAA